AUUAUCAGCAUGGGAUGACAGUUUGAUGGUAGAUACCAUAUAUUUCACCAUGGUGCGGCCUAUGAAGAGAAGGUAUACCAAUGUGUUGCAUGCCAAACACUUACUGGACGCCGUCAACUUCGUCAGACAACAGAAGCAAAUCCCUAACAUUGAGAGGAUUGCACGCUAUAUGAAGCGCAUCCACAAUCACACACAGUAUGAGACAGAAAAACAAAUGCAGUAUGCAGUUAAAGACAAUUUGAUUUUGUCGUAUCAGACUGUCGGAAAGAAAGGAAACAUGACGGGUGUGGAACAGGAAGGAUUUCGAAUACCAGAGGAAGAGGAUCUUACUGAACAACAGGCAGAUGACCACGACUGGUAUUGUUUUGAAUGUCACACUGUAGGAGACAUGUUGCCGUGUUCUGACUGUUGGCGAGUAUUCCAUCCCAGCUGUACUGAGGAGGAGUGGACCGGACCAAAGUUCACCUGCUCCAUCUGUAAAUCAAACUUACAGGCUGGGAAGAAGAAAAACAAGAUGAAAAGGAAGUUACUGAACACACUCCUAAGUUACACCAUUAUGAGGAUGAAGGAAAAGACUCGAGAAUUACAUAAGAUUGGCCAUAGAGAACAGGAAGUCCAGUUUGAGCGAUACUUCGUGUAUCAGUCGAUGGACCUGAAUCGUAUUGAACAGAAGGUGGAGAGUCACAAGUACCGUAGUCUGGAGGAGUUUCUCUCUGACACACAUCUCAUAUUCCACAACAUAUACCUCAUAUAUGGGGAUGAAGUUAAAGGUGGAAUGACAGAACUUGCGAGGAUUAUGGCCAGAGAUUGUAAAUAUGAUGUUGAAGAAAUUAAACAGUGUCAUAACUGUUACUAUAUGUCAAAUGCCAAACCCAAAGAUUGGUUCUGUGAGCCUUGUGAUCCACCCCAUGAGUUGGUGUAUGCAAAGUUAAAGGGUUACAGCUACUGGCCUGCCAAGAUCAUCAGAAAGGAGGGAGAAAAAUAUGAUGUACGGUUCUUUGGGGGGUUUCAUCAAAGAGCCUUGCUAUCACCAGACCAAAUAAAACCAAUAACAUCUAAUGUUAAAAGCAUCGUAACCAAGAGAACUGCUGGAUUUAUGAAAGCUUGUGAAGAGUUAAAGAAGCACCAGGUUCGUCUAGCUGAGCAGGUACAGGAAAAUACAGAGGACGAUGAUGAUGAGGAAGAAGAUACAAAGGAUGACGACCGAUCAAGCAAUGGUAGGAUGGAUGAAAGGAUGGAUGUAGAAGGAGAAGAGGAGGAAGAAGAGGAUGUGAAUGGACAUGACAGUAGUAAUUUGGAAGUGAGCUCCACAAGUCUUAGUCCGCCCAAGAGACGUCUCUGUCUCAAGGCUUCAACUCCUGAGGAUGCUAACAUUGUCACGUCCAGUGAGGAUAAAAUUAACAUUCCAAAGGUUACCACGGCUACUGUCGCUGUCCAAACAACAAAAAGGAACACAAAAUCACAACAUUGUCAAACAGACCGUCGUGUGGAAAGCCUGCCUUCCACUCCAGAGUCGGACCCCUUACCUACUCCCAAAACAGCUAACAUAGUGUGUUCCCAAGCGCAAGGCUCCUCUAAGUGCUCCUGUGAUGAAAAGUACAAUAAAGUGUUCAAUGAUUUCAAGGAAAGACUUGACAAAGACCACAAAGAAGAAAAAGAGAAAUUACUGAAAGAACAGUCUGAUAGAUUACAGAAAGAUUUUAACGAAGACAAACAGCUUGCUGUGUCCCGGGCAGUUACCAAUAUGCAGCGUGAGGUAGACCGUAUGAAACGACAGACGGAAGAAAGAUGUAAGCAAGAGUACAUGGAGGAAAUGAAGAAAUUAGCCCAGAAACAUAAAGAGGCAACGUCAAUGACCAAGAAAAAACAAUGGUGUUAUAACUGUGAAGAGGAGGCCAUGUACCACUGUUGCUGGAAUACGUCCUACUGUAGUGUUAAAUGUCAACAAGACCAUUGGCACAAAGAACACAAGCGAGUCUGUCGACGGAAACGUUGACACACUCCAUCAUCUAAGGCCUAAAAACCUCCACAUGUACAGUCAUCACAUGCUACGGUCAUCACUCAUCACGGCCAUCCUCACUCCUGACAUCAGGGUCAUCUCAGGACAUUAUAAAUUAUCACUAACUGGGAGAUAGUAACAAAUAUUGAACUGUCUCUUUCUCAUAAAGAAAAUUAUAUAUAUACAUAUAUUUUUUUUUUCCACAAAAAGUUGAUAUAGUGAAGUAUUUCUCUCAUUGAAUUCACACAUUUAGAAUUGCCGGUCAAUUUGCGAGUUUUUUAGAUAAUUUAUCAGACUCUCCCCUCCUGCAUCACAAUUAAAGUUAUUAUUAAUAUAGUAGAAUUAAUUCUGACUGUUAAUAAUGUAAUUGACAAGACACAAAUUUGCCAUGCAUAUCUGUAUAAGAAAUCUUAAGUGAUUUGUUUAUUUUUAGUAGAAACUAGCCAUCAGUGAUGAGUUUUCAUUGUGAAAUUAGAUAAUAGAAAAACAUGUACUUGAAGUACCAGAUUUAUCACUUUGUCUCAGUCUUUUUCAACAAAGUCAUUUGUUAUAUCAUUUUCAUCCUCAUUAUAGAUUUUUGUAGUACCAUUAAAUUGAGACCUGCUGUUUUUUAUAAUGUUCCUGUUUGGAGUUUUUUUUCAGGAUUUAUCAUUGAAAAAAAAACUAAAACAAAUAACAUUAUGGAAUAAACAGUCAACAUAUCAUGUAUUUCUGUUUGUAGUUCAUCGCAAAAUAAUUCAGGAUUUGUUUUAUAGAUCUGACAUAUGCUUCAUUAUGUUUCAAGUAUUUGCCCAUGUUCCUGUGAUAGUUUUCUAUGGCCGAAUCUCGUUAAUCUGAACAACAUCUAUUUCUGGUCAUAAAUUCUAAAAGAGAAAAUGCCACUGUCAUAUAUAAAAAAAAGAUAAAAAAUUCUGAGAUUGUGACAGACUUGUGAAAAAUGCUUUAUAAAGAAUAUCUGAGAAAUAGCUGUAUUUGAUACUUGAUUGAGAAUGUAUAUCCUGCAUAACUUAACAAGAUGUUUGGCAUAAAUAAUGGUUUUAGAUCAAUUCCAGUUAAAUAUUUACCCAAUGGAAGCACACUUUGAUUAAUCAUUAAAAAUCAGAAAUAAUAUACUAUAAUAUAAUAUUAUAUUAUAUUAAAAAAAUAUUUACCCAAUGGAAGCACACAAAGUUGGUCAAACAGAAACUACUGAGAGAAGUUAUUUAAAUCAAACAGUAGCAUGUGACCAGCUACAUUUACCCAGCAUCCACCAUUCAUAGAAUUUCCUUGCUUCUGAUUUCUCCUGCUGGUUAUAUAUCUUACUGGAAUAGUCCCUAGGGAACUGUGUAUGUAUUUCUAUUGGGAAAGAUGGUCAUUCUGGAAAUGGAAGAUUAUUGCUAAAGGAGUGCAUCAUGUUUAAAUUAAUCUACCAUGUAAAUGAUACAUUUUCAAAACUGUAUCUUUAAUGUUUAGAAAUAUCAUCCUAUGCUAUUAGCUAAAUAUCUGAGGCCAUUUUCUGCUAGUAUGAUUCCAGGUGUUCUGAAUACAUCAAGUCAUUUUGAAGUAAAGGGUAGGAAUCAAUUACACAUAAUUUUAAGUCUUUUAUGUUUAAAAAAAGAAUGUCCUGGCCAUAGAGGUGUUAGGAUAUUUAGAUUUAGGGGCCAAGUAUGUGAUGCAUCAUCAGUCAUGUGUAAAUAUUUAUAAUUAUUUGUUACCUACACUACUACAAUGGAACCUUGUGAUUCUGGACUCCCAAGCUUUUCUUUCAAAUGGUCCGAGUGACAAAUAAUCAUUGUUUGGUGUUUUUUUUUAAUUGGAAUUCAAUAUUUGUAAUUUCUGGAAAUUUGUUGGGAAUCCAAAAAUGUCCAUAUUAAAGAGGUUCUGCUGUAGUUGUAUAUGUAUAUGUUUGUAAAGCCAGGCAAAUCAUCUCAUCUGUAGUAUAUAUAUAUACAAUAUUUGUAAAAAUAAUUCUACUUUCUGUUUUAACUCUUGAUUUGGUAUUUAAUUUUUUUGAGAUUGUGACAUAAGAUACGUGAUUUUUGCAAUUAUAACCUCUGUUAUGUCAGGAAAACACACCAAAAAAAUUGAAUGGUUUACACAAAAUAUUUCUCGGUCCAUAAUGCAUAAUUUGUGUAUUUAUUAAUUCACUGUAAAAAGUCUUUCAUUAGAUACCAGUAACUACAAAGAACUAAACAUUUUUACAAGGCAUGCAUAUGAAAUGAUUUUUAGAACAGGCUGUGGUUUCAAUAAGGUUUUCUUUUAUUUUCCUUGAACAACUUUGUGAAGUUAUAAAAAAGAGGUAACAUUUGUUGAAAUAUGAUAUAUCAUUCAUAAAUUCAUAAAUUUUGGAAACCAAAUUUCGUGUCAGAACUAGAGUGUAGUAUCACCUUUGUAUAUUUUAUGAGCUAAGUGUAAAUUUUGAUAAAUUUUAUUUCAUAUUUUUAAAUUUAUCAGUAAAUAUCAUUGUCAGUGUUAAAGUAUAUAUGUUAUGCUCUUUCAUUCACUGGCCCAUAGGGAAAUCACCUGUUGUGUGUGUACAUGAUAUUGAUACUUUUUUCAUGAGUGUGAUUAUUAUAGGUAUAUUAAAUAUAUAGAUAUAUAUAUAAAAACUGAUGUUGAGCAUUGUUUUUCGUUUAGUUUAAUGCUGCCGGUGUUGAUAAUGAAGAUGAACCAGAUCUAGUCACCAAGAUUUUUUAACCAUAUUAUAGAAUUCAUCAUUCAUCUACCCAGAUACACAUUAUGUUGUGAGGCAAUGCCUUGUUACAAACACUAUGGUAGCUAACAUUCAUUUCAAAACCAGAUUAAUUUGACUAUGUGCUUCUGUCGUGUUAUACUGUUAAAGAGACAGACCAGAUCCUGUGUUGUUCACAAAAUUAAGUGAUGUGUUCUUAGACUAGUUCAAUUUCAAUUCCCGAUGCGACUCCGAGCAAAUACUGAAUACUUAGCCUUUAAUUUUCUAAAUUGUUUACACAUGAGAAGUUGACCCUUUAAAAGAAAAAAAUGAACUAAUAUUGGUGGAGAGUGCAGUGUACAUGUAUAUUUAAACAGUUGUAAUUUCCUUCUAGAAGUGACACAUUAACAACCAAAAAUUUCAGGGAACACCGAGUUUAAUCCUUUUGCAUUGCUGAGAUGUAUCUUUCUAAGCUUUCCUUCAAAUUUUGGUAAUUUCAUAUUCAUAGGUUUUAAAACUCCAAUGAAAAAAUCAUAUAAUGAAAUAGCCAUAUACUUUGUAAAUUUUAUGAGCAGUUAUCGACCAUAUGUUGGUGAUACAUGUAUUUGAACUUAUUUAGUAACAACUACUACAGGAGAAAAUAGAUUGCCAUCAAAUGCUCAGAGAUUGCAUGUUGGUGAUUGAAAAAUAUUCAUCAGCUCUUAUUCUCACGGUAAAAAUAACUUUCAAAUUACCCCAUUGUAUAGUUUUAAUGGGUGCCCACUAUCUAUUUUUUUUUUUUUUAAUUGAUAACAAAUUGUGUUUAUGCAUAGAAAUAGUUUUAACAUGUUAUUUCAAGCAAUCUUAUCAAGCUUUCUUAAUGAUUUUUAUAUAAUCCCAUUCAGUUGGGCUGCAAGCUUAAAAUAAGAGCAUAUAUUUUGUUUGUGUGUGGAGUAGGAUAGAGAAACACUGUCAAAUUCAAGGGUUGUAAGGUUUUAUCUUGAUUUAAUAUUUUCAGAACAAUAUUCAGUCAUUACAAUUUUAACAUAAUGGUCUGUUUAAACAGAAUAUAAUGUCUUUCUAUGACAACUUAAUGCAGCUGCUUGGUUUAGGCUCAAAUCUGAUGUAAGAAUUUAUGAAGAUUUCAGAAUAAUCAAAUUCGAAAAUACUUUUAUCUUUGAAAUUAUGAAGUGUUCCUGAAAAUCACGUUUAAGACAUGUAUUAAGAAAUGCUAUAUUUAAAAUAAAGCUCUGUCUUUAAACCAGAAAUAAUUCAUAACUUCUGGGUAACAGUAAUAGUAAAUAUCGUGUGUAAAGGAAGUAGCUAUGGAGAUGAUAUUAGAUUUGAUUGUGGUUACAUCGGACGUUUUAUUGACGUUUAGUUACCCUGUGUUCUGUUAAGUUUUCUUUUUUUUUAAGUUCUCAUUCUUUGUUACUUCAUUUCUCUUUUUCAUAUUCUGACAAGCCAACAAUAAGCUUAAAAUGAUGUUUAAGUGAAUAUAUUUUAAUAUUAAAUUGUUUCAUAGUACUUGUCAAAAGUUUAUUGCGCUGUAUUUAAUAACAUUUUUUAGAAUGGAGUAAAAGUGACAUCCUGUGUUUGGAUAAUAGAGAUAUUUUAUUUAUUUUACAUUGUUGAAUUUUCCAUUCAAAAGUUAAAUUUGCUCUUGUAAAAUCGUGUAUUUUAGAUAUUUGCUUCUUAAACAGCUAUAAAUAUUACAUCUGUGUUAGAGGUCACUUGUAAUAAGUCUGUCGGGUAACUUGAUGUAAGUCUGGCCUGUCACUUGUAAUAAGUCUGGCAGGUCACUUGUAAUAAGCCUGGCCGGCCACAUGUAAUAAGUCUGGUAGGUCUCUUGUAAUAAGCCUGGCCGGUAAGAUGUGAUAAGUCUGGCCGGUCACUUGUAAUAAGUCUGGCUGGUCAUAUGUGAUAAGUCUGGCUGGUCACAUGUGAUAAGUCUGGCCGGCCACAUGUGAUAAGUCUGGUAGGUCACUUGUAAUAAGUCUGGCUGGUCACAUGUGAUAAGUCUGGCAGGUCACUUGUCAUAAGUCUGGCUGGUCACAUGUGAUAAGUCUGGCAGGUCGCUUGUAAUAAGUCUGGCAGGUCACUUGUAAUAAGUCUGGCAGGUCACUUGUCAUAAGUCUGGCUGGUCACAUGUGAUAAGUCUGGCCGGUCACUUGUCAUAAGUCUGGCCGGGCACUUGUAAUAAGUCUGGCUGGUCACAUUUGAUAAGUCUGGCCGGUAAGAUGUGAUAAGUCUGGCCGGUCACUUGUAAUAAGUCUGGUAGGUCACUUGUAAUAAGUCUGGCCGGUCACUUGUAAUACGUCUGGCAGGUCACUUGUGAUAAGUCUGGCUGGUCACAUGUGAUAAGCCUGGCAGGUCACUUGUAAUAAGUCUGGCAGGUCACAUGUGAUAAGUCUGGCCGGUCACAUGUGAUAAGUCUGGCCGGCCACAUGUGAUAAGUCUGGUAGGUCACUUGUAAUAAGUCUGGCUGGUCACAUGUGAUAAGUCUGGCAGGUCACUUGUCAUAAGUCUGGCUGGUCACAUGUAAUAAAUCUGGCAGGUCACAUGUAAUAAGUCUGGCAGGUCACUUGUAAUAAGUCUGACAGGUCACUUGUGAUAAGUCUGGCCGGUCACUUGUAAUAAGUCUGGCUGGUAGAUUAGCAAGGGAGUAUAAUGUCCCCUAUAAUGUACCUGUGACUAUAAAUGUGCCAUAUUUUCCAAAUGGGAUUCCGUUAUAAUUUUAAAUCCUAUUGAUAAUGACAGUUAACUUAUCACACAGUAUGGGCUUAUUGCUGCAAUAUUGCUAUCGCCAGUGAGAUUUUAGCUUUUCUAAUUGAUUUAUAUCUUUGCUGUCAUUUAUCAGUUAUUUAAAGGUCUCUCAAAUUAGUGAAAACUAUAAUUUGUCAAUGUUGGGACUCUGGUGAUAAUUGUUUCUUUUAAAAUUCAUGGAUUUUAUCAUGGACAGAAGGUGCAUAUUACAAAAAUAACAUGUAUGUCACUACCAAAUUUAUUUUAAUUGGCUUGCUUUUGUAGCUAUGUCAUUUGAAAUUGAAAAAUAAUUUUUUGAAUAACGAAAAAAAAGUCAGCAUCUGUGCAUGAUGUUGUAGAACACUAAUGAUAUUGUAAUGAGUAUAAGGGCAAGAGAAGUCAUUCAAAUCAUGUGGACAAUUAUAUGAAUUAAGUCUUACAGUAGAUAGGUUUCACAAUAUUUUAUUUAAAAAUAGUUUUUAAUAUAUAUGCGCAAAUGUUCUUUGAUUUGAUAAGAAUAUUUUAUGUUGUACAUGUAUAAAAAAUCAAACACUAGUAAGUUAUAAAAACAUCCAGUAUUCCAGUAAUACUGAAGAUUAAAACAUUCAGAAUAACAGCCUUCUGGCUCCCUACGGUGCAUUGUAAUCAUUCCAGAGACUUGCUAAAAAGAAAACUAUUAAAGUGUUAUAGUAUAACAUUUUCCUGGAAAUAAAUUUGGUAUGCUUAUAUCAAUUAUCAUCAUCAUCAUCCCUGAAAAAGUUGAUUGAUAUAUUGAAAUCUAAGCUUGAUUUUGGUUUAUGUCCGAGUUGUUAUUUUAUAUUUCUAGUUCCUCUAGCUUGCUAUCGUAAAUAGAAGCAGUAUAUGUAUAUAUGACUAUGAUAUCAAUUUAUUAAUUUUUUUUUGUUUUUUUUGUAAUGAACAAGAAAAUAUCAUGCAUUGAUGUAAUGAAAAGGACAAAAAUUUAAGUAAGAUAUUUUUUAAUUUGAAUAUAUGCAAAGAUGCAAAAAUAACAUUUAUGCUGAAUUCUUUAUGUUACUUGUAUGAUAUUAUUCAGAAUUUUAUGAAUUAUGCUGGUGUAAAUCUUGGAAUUAAAUUGAUUUAACAUAAUGUAA